UUAUAAUGGCAUUACAUUAAAAAUAAAUGUAGAAAUUAUAAUUGUGUGUAUAACUGGAGGGAAAUUGGUUUAUUUUGUUAACGAAUAUUUAUAGAUAAUAAUAAGAAUUAUGGUUAUAUAUUUUAUCACUAAACUAUAUUGAAAAUCAAUGAUGUAAAAAAAAAAAAAAAAAAAUUGUCGGGAUUUUUUUUUUUUUUUCUUGUAAUAAAUAUUAAUUAUUGAUAAUCAAUUGGGAAAAAUCCCAUAUUUUUUUCCUCGUGUCUACACUGAUGUUAUUGUAUUAUGCCGGUAUUAAAAUGUGGUUAUUAUCUUUUAUCAGUGAGUGGUAUCGUCUUAAGUAAUAUGCCAUUAUAAUGACAGUUGGGCCUUGGGCGUUUACAACAUUUUGUGAUAACCGAUAAUAUUAUUAUUCAUGUGCACGUGCAUUUUGCCGCUGUUAUUCGUUAUCAUUAAUCGUUAUUCUCCGAAUCUCGUCCGGUAAUCGAACGAGUAACUCGUUGUUACGUUACGAAUUUUGUUUCUGUUGCUUAGUGAAGAAUAUCAACUAUAUUAGUAAGUAUUCUUUUAAUUAAACCACAUAGGUAGAUAGUUAUAAUCAGUUGAUUAAAUUAAAUUUAUGUUAUAAACUCUAGUUUGAAAUGUUAAAAAAGCAGCAUCAGCUGCCCUACGGAGACAUCAUCGAAUUGCUAGGUGAUGGGAGAGAUUCAGAACUAUCAUCAUUGUCAGGCGACGACGAUGAUUUUGUUGAUGACAAUGAAUACCCUUGUUCAGAAAUCGAAAAGUCUAGUAAAGAACAAUUGUUUGAAAAUGUACUUGAUGAUUUUGAAUUGUUUGAAUUCGAAGAUGAUGAAGAUUUCAACGUUUUUGCCAUAAAUAAUGAAACAGUUGAAGAUGAACAGCAAUCAGAUAACAAUGCUUAUGUCGCAUUACCACCACGUCAGAUAGCUACAAGACCUGUUGAAAAUGUACUUGAUGAUUUUGAACUGUUUGAUUUCCAUGAUGAUGAAGAUUUCAAUGUUUUUGGCAUAAAUGAUGAAACAGUUGAAGAUGAACAGCAAUCAGAUAACAAUGCUUAUGAAACAGUUGAAGAUGAACAGCAAUCAGAUAACAAUGCUUAUGCUAGGCCAAGUACACCUGCAAUACCACCACGUCAUAUAGCAAGAAGACCUGUUGUUGAACACGGACUACACCUCAACCUACCAUAUUACACAAAAAAUGAAAUUAAAUGGUCAAAUAGACCGUUUGUCAGUAAUUUCUUAAAGAUUUCGCCACCAGCUCCAGAAUUAUCAACUACUUAUAAGACUCUAUUACCAAUAGAAUAUUUCAGUAAAUACUUUCCUGAGGAAGAGUUUGAAAAUAUGGCCAAGUACACAAAUAUUUAUGCCAAACAAAAUAAUUUCAUAAAGUAUGUAGAUACUACACCUUCAGAAAUGAAGGUGUUUGUGGGUAUACAUUUGAAGAUUGGUUGUCAAAAACCUAGUAGAAUAAGAUCAUGUUGGACUAAUGAGGACAGAGUAAAUAUAAUUGCUGAUAAUAUGUCUCGAAAUCGUUUUUUUCAGUUGAGGUCUUGUUUUCAUGUAAUGAAUAAUGAUGACAUUCCUGAAAACAAUGUUGAUAAAUUUAUAAAAGUUAGACCACUUUUUAAUUCUUUUUUAAAACGUUGUAAAGAAUUGCCAGUUGAAACUAAUCUAGCUGUUGAUGAGCAAAUGGUCAAAUUUAAAGGGAAAUUAGGUGUCAAACAAUACAUGAAAGGCAAACCCUGCCCUUGGGGUAUUAAAAAUUUUUUACUCUGCUCUGCUAAUGGUAUGGUUUACAAUAUGAUUUUAUACCAGGGCAGUUCAACUGAAAUAAAUCAUGAAAUACAAAAAAAAUAUGGCCUUGGGGGUUCCAUAGUUUUACAAUUAGUUGAACACAUUGAUAAAAAUGAACAUUAUUUAUAUUUUGAUAAUUUUUUUAGCUCUUACAAUCUAUUUACAUCACUUGAGUGUUUGGGAAUUAAAGCAGCUGGGACAGUUAGACUUAAUCGUUUUGCUAAUCCUCCAGUUGUGAGCGAUAAAGAGCUAAAUACAUUAGGAAGAGGAGCUUCAUAUGAAGUUACCUCAACAGAUGGAAAAGUUGGUCUGAUUAAAUGGUUGGAUAACAAAUCUGUUAAUCUCGCGUCUAACUUUGUAACUUCAGGCAGCCCAGAUAUUAUUAAACGGUAUGAUAAAAAAAAUAAAUGUUAUGUUGAAGUAGGUCGCCCUGAAAUUGUGAAAUUAUAUAAUGAUUCGAUGGGUGGCGUGGAUUUGCAUGACCAACUCAUUAGCUAUUACAGAGUGUUUAUAAAAUCUAGAAAAUGGACUUUGCGUAUGCUGUUUCAUGCCUUUGAUAUGGCCACUUGCAAUGCAUGGUUGGAAUAUAGAAAUGAUGCUGAAACAAUAAAUUUACAAAAAAAAAAAGUAAUGGACUUAUUAGGUUUUAAGCAAAAUUUAGCUUCUACAUUAAUUUCUGUAGGGAGUUCUGUAGUAACACCUUCCAGAAAACGAGGGCGCCCGUCGUCAUCUAACAAAAUUAUAGUUCAACCUAAACCGUGCAAAAAAAAUCGUUUAAUUGAUAGAUACCCCACUGAUGUGAUGAGAAAAGAUAACACUGGCCAUUAUGCAUACAUGGAUAACUUGAGAGAUGCCACAUUCUGUAAGUUAGAGGGGUGUAAAAAAAGAACUCAUAUGGCGUGCAAAAAAUGCAAUGUCCAUUUAUGUAUUACCAAGACAAGGAAUUGUUUUUAUGAUUAUCAUAAUUAAAUAUUUAAAUCAUAUUAUAAUUAUGUAAAUUUAUAUAUAUAAUUAUUAACAAUGUAACAGAUGAUCUUAUAUUUUAUAUUUAUUUACCUAAUGUUAUUACUACUUAGAAGGAUGUUUUUUAUUUGUUUUAUCGUUUUAUGUAACUGCAAAGACUGCCACAGUAUAACCAUUGUGAUAAUGAUUAUAAACUUUAUUUUUUAUUGUCUUAUUUAAUUUUAUAUUAAUUGUUCUAAUUUUUAAUUUUUAAUUUUUAAAAAUUGUUAUUUAUAUUUUGUUUUACGAAUAAAGAUUAUUCAUACGA